UAUCGGGCCUCCCCUAUUGACACCGCAGAUUUCCCUUAUCUUUUGUCCAUCUGUCGUCAGAUCAGAAGUUUGCCAGUUAUUGAUAAGUUGAUAACAGUUCCGUUGCAAAGUCCAGUCGAUGUAUGGGAGAUUAUGGCUAUUACGAACGACAGUCGCCGUUUGCGUCAGCACCCUCGAACAUCUUCCCCAAACGGUAGGAUUUGCAGUCCGGGAAUUCGCACUUUGACCAAGGAGUGCCAGGAGCGCUAUAAGAACAGGAGUUACGCUGAUCUGGUUCUUCUGGAUGCUGUUGACUCCUUUUCCGCCUUAUUCAUCGUGCUGUUUGGCUUGAUUAUUCUUUUUCCGUUCGCUCUUGGCUUCUGGAUGCUGUUCCACUGGUUUAGCGCGGAAGGCGAAUAUAUUUCGCCUGUCCGCUGGCUGAUGGCCGUCAUGCUGCCAUUGUACAUUUCGGUGUGGGGUUUUAAGCGGCAGAGCUUGAACCUGUCGGGAGCAUUCGCCGCAUACGUUACAGGAUUUAUCGUGACGAUGAGCAGCUACGCUUUUAUGGUGUGUUUGGUCGGCUUUUUCCUGCUGGGAUCCAAAUCGACCAAUGUGCGAGCUGAUCUGAAGCGGCGCUUUGAGGCCGAUUAUCGUAAAGGAGGCCAGCGUAACUGGGUGCAAGUUUUUUGCAACGGAGGAGUAGCAACGUUGUUUGCCUUUUUGUACAUGCUGGAGACGGGAUGUCGGGAAAAAGCCAUCGAUUUCAGUAUUUCAUACUAUGAAACAACGUAUGCUUUGGCUGUUUUGGGUGCCUUGGCGUGCAGCUGUGGUGAUACUCUGGCUUCGGAGUUGGGCUCCGUUUGGAGUCGGAGAGAGCCUCGAUUGAUUACGACGUUCCGUAAAGUCCCUCGAGGUACAAAUGGAGCGGUUUCGGUGACUGGACUUCUCCUCAGUAUUCUUGGUGGAGUUAUAAUUGCCGGUCUGUUUUAUGUGACGACCUUACUGUGCCUACAUUCGAAUAUCAUGAAUUCCAGCCCUCCCCAGUGGCCGUUGAUUCCUCUUGGCGGAAUUUUGGGCUUCCUUGGAUCUCUUUUUGAUUCCUACCUUGGUGCCAUCUUUCAAUAUUCUGGUUUGGACGAAAUGGGGCGAGUAGUUAAUUUUUCCGGACCGAAAAUUGUCAAGAUCAGCGGAUUCAGCAUUUUGGACAACCACAGUGUGAAUUUUAUUUCGGUUCUGUUGACUGCACUACUGGCCCCUCGAAUUGGCCUGACGUUAUGGUCGUAUUUAUACUAGCCCCAAACUAAUUUUACCAGCCGUUCCUCUGUCUUUCGCAACAUUUUAUUGAUAUUUUUAAUUGUUCAUUCAUAAUUUCCGGUCGUUAUUUGCACAAGCAUGGUUUGUUCUUGAAUCUCUUUUUGCCAGGACCGAAUGCGUUCAGCAAGCAGCUUGAAGCGACGAAAAAUUGCUCACUACAAUGUUUAUUUGGUUAUGUGUAAGGGUAUUUAAAAUUUCGAAUUGGCAAAUACUUGCACUACCUUAAAGGUCCAGCAGUAACUUUGUUAAUCUUUUAAGCGCCAAAUUGAUAAACUCGUAAUCAUUAUCGUGUUC